CUACGGGCGAUCUACACUACACAAUUAUUGCUCAGAGAGAGAGAGAGAGAGAGAGAGAGAGUGUGUGUGUGUGUAUGGGUGGUGUAGUCGGUGCAGCCACAAUGUGGCCACAAGGUGGAAGAUGACCGCUUGCGAAAAAUCCGGAAGCCAAUCAAUGCUCCCGCGAGGGCUGGAUGGGAAGCGACGGGCAUCCUGUGAGCCAGAGCCAGAUCUGCUCAGCAUUGAUCCAGUCACCAGCCUGCGAGGCAGCAUCUGCAACAGAAAGGCUGACCGGCCACCGAAGCCCACACUCAACAACUCCCGGACCUUAUGCAAACAGCUUGCCAAGCGCCACAGAGGCUCCAACGUCAGCUACGAGACCAUGGCAGUAAGCCAAUUAAAUCGCGAGUGGCACUAUUGUGUCUGGGCAUCCCAAGUCGCCCGCUCUCAGUCGGUGUUUGGCGGUAGUCACAGAUUGCCCUGCUACCAGCUCACGUCGCUAGACCAGGCCGAAUGCUCCCAAGUCGCGGUGAAGGAAGACGUGUCUCAUUCGAUCAUCGUUCGACUGCGAUUCCAUGCCCGGUUACGACGUUCCCCCCAGGGCCCCAAGGGGUUUUUUUUCAAGCGCGAGGCUUUCCUCUAUGAUCCUGCGAAAACGGGCACGUUCGCCCUGCGGCAGGAGAGACAAGGGCAGGCUGAAGAGAGAGAAGAAAAGAAGAAGCUGCACAUCACAAGUUACAGCCGGCCCAUGACGAUGGCUCACUCAGUGUCGCUCAGGGAGGGUGAGAAGCAACAGCAAGAGCACGGAGCAGUCAGUUACCAACUAGACACUGGGGCCUCUCUGGUUGACAGUCAGAAAGCUGAGAAGGGAAGUGAAGGGAAGGGAAGGGUAGAACAACAGACAGUCUGUGUUCCCUCCGCCAGGGUCGUCCCAUGAGUGCUUGGGAGGCGACGACUCACGCACGCCCCGUUUCUUCGACACCCAUCGACCAUCCGUUUCGUCUGACACACUCAGCCAGUAGCGGUGGCAGGGGUAUAUGGAGCACGGCUGGGGUGGUGGAUAAGAAUCAACACACGAGAAG